AUGGUCUCUGAACGAAGGUUUUCUCAACAAUCAUCUCAGUCAAGUACUUCAUCGAUAGUUAGGAGGAUGAGUAAUCUCAAUACAGAAGUAAUCCAAGAAGAUGAAGAAAUGGAGGAUGCGGAUGAUGAUGCGGAUGGAUCGGUAGAUACUCCAAUCGAAAACUCUCCCAAUCUUAGUAUUAAGGAAAGGGAAGCACUCCAAAGAGAAUCCAUACGAGGAAGCGAGAAUAAGAUUUUUUUCGAUUUGUACUUAAAAAUUUCUAAUGCUGAAAAACAAAAUGAUAAUGUGCGUCACGAACUAAUAAGAAGUUAUUACUACUUUGGGGAGGAAUUAGAAAAACGUCUUACCCAGUAUAAAGAUCUGCCAGAACACAAAGCCCAGAAAAAGAUUAAUAAUGAAGUUAGAGAUCAGCUCCCAAAGGAGAUUUCCAAACCUACAAUUCGAAAGAAAACGGAAAGAGCUCGAAAGGUUUAUGACCUUUUUUUCCGUAUCAAUGAUGAUAAAAAUCAACGGAUGGUAUAUAUCCAACGAAUAAAAACAUUUACGGCAUCAUCUAUUUCGAAUUUAAGUUUGGACAAUAUCAAAUAUGUAGCAUCUCAGGUUAGAAAGGAUACUGGAACUUAA